AUGGUAAUGCAGUGGUGGAUGACAAAGACAAACAAUAAAAUUCAGGAGACAAUGCACCAAAUGUCUUCCUACUACAUAUAUUGUGCUGGGAGAUAUGGAAAAACAGAUGCACUUCUAGAUUUGAAGGCAUUAAGGCGUCCACCUAUAGAAUUAUUAAGCAGGUUACAUGGAAACUCGAAGGAGCUGUGCACCAAAAUUGAAAGAGUCAACCCUGUCUUGAAUAUCAAUUUUAUUAAAUGGAGAAAACCUCCUGAUAAUUACCUCAAGUUGAACACUGAUGGAUGCUCAAAAGGUAAUCCUGGGGAGGCUGGUGGUGGUGGUAUACUAAGGGAUCAUCAGGGUAAUAUCAAUAUGGCAUUUCAGACCUAUUUUGGUAAUUGUAGUAACAACAUGGCUGAAGGAUUGGCUAUCCUAAAAGGCCUUCAAUGGUGUGUUACUAAUCAUUUACAUAAUGUCAUUAUUAAGACCAAUUUUAUGAUUAUGAAGGGUAAGAAUGUUAUGAUGUGGCAAAUGCAAGAUAUUGUUAUGCAAAUAAUAAAGAUCAUGAAAGAAGACAAUUUCCAGAUUAAUCAUUGCUUUAGAGAAGUAGCUGAUGCACUAGCCCAAAAUACCAGUACUCUCAGUUACAACAACAUGAACUAG